AUGUUAUCCAUAGCUAUUUCACCGCUUAGAAGGCGACUAAGUAACGAUGUUGACGAGUCGAAAUAUUUGACACCAACAGUUCCAGCGGAGGAUUCAGAUUCUUUCCAAGGAACUGGCCCAGCAUCUAAAGAGCUGGUGGUCGUUGUAGAUAGCCCUGCCUUCCAGCGCAACGAUUCCAUCGUCUCAGACCUUGUUUGCGACUGUUCUUUUGCAUCGUUUCAAGAAGAUACAUCUGUUGAUUUGGCCUUUAAUGAGAAAGAACCAGCAAUCCGGCAUAUAUCCUUUGCCCAUGAACCCUCGAGAAGCUCACUGUGUUCAACCAAUUUCGCGGAGGUUGACUUCCAAAUAUCAAUCGGUGACCGUUCCUCCAGCUCCCCAAAUCCGCAGGGAAGUCUAACAGACAGCCGACUGUGUAUCAGUGAACGAUCUUGUUCCUUGUCGUCAAGACCACCCAGACCCUCCAUGUUACAAAUGGCUCAGAGGGACGAUGAAAACGGUGAACACCCACUAUCCUACAGUCAACGAUCCUCCAAAUCGCCAAGUCCACGAGGAAGAACACGAGGAAUCAGUCGACAUGCGUCUAAUAUCGAUCCAUCAGCCAACUCUUGUGGACUUGAUGGUGAAGUGUCUCGAAAUGAACCAUCCUCUCCAGCGAACAAGUCGAGGACUAACAGAUCCUCCAGAUCACCACUGGCGAUGAAGACAAAGAAACAAGAUGAUGAUCUUUUGUCUCAACGAUCGUCAGCGAAGUCAACAAGUAAAAGAUCGUCCAGAUCACCGAUGAGGACAACGAACGAUGUACAAGACAACGAUCUAUUGUCUACUGAUUGCGCUGAAUCUUGUGACGAUGUACGCUUUCACAGUAAUAGAUCUGAGGAUGGCAGCGGCCAUUUCGCACGCCGAUCCGAUGGAAGAAAUGAAGUGGACGAGGCUUUGCAAGUUACUGCACAAAUUAUGGCAACCUCAGAACAAGAAGGCAAAGUACAAUCGGUAAUGGAUGGUUUGACGAUUAACAAGUUACAGUAUGAUGAUGUUGGUUUCAUUGGGCGAGAGCAGGAAACCAAGCUUCUUAUGGAAUGCUACGAUAGGUUGACGAAUACUACUGCAAUGUCCAGUUUGCGAAAGGAACUGGUCUUUGUCAAUGGAUACGAGGGAGUGGGAAAAUCCUCUCUUGUAUCAUCCAUGCUGAAAGUGUGCGAAGAGGGCGGAACUGGAUUCUGUGCUAGAGGAAAAUUUUCCAGCGUGGAUGGACCAUACGCCGCAAUUGCAUCUGUUUUUGGUCAGAUACUUGGAGACAUUGAGAGAAAGGGCUGGUUGUCAGUGCGAACCCACUACAAUUCCGGGAAAUUGCAAACCCUUGGGGAGGCACUUACUGCCAAACUUGGACCGGAUAUUCACUUGCUUGCAACGUUGAUACCAAAACUGAAAGUAAUAACCAAGGGCUCGGUACUGCGAAAGCCCAGUUCUCGAAGAAGACGGGAAAGUAAUGGGUUUGAAGCCGAUCAGUAUCGUUGGGAGUAUGCUCUUCGCGUUCUAACAAGAGAACUGAACAAACUAUACAGCCCGCUUGUGCUUUUCUUGGACAAUGUCCACUGGGCAGAUCAAUUGUCUUUGAACUUGAUUGAUUCCCUUGUAUCAGACGUGCUUAAUACGAAUCAACUUAUGGUCGUUGGUUGCUAUCGAUCCAAUGCAGUGGUGGGGAAAUAUCAUAUUUUGCCUAAGAAGCUCGAGCAGUUGGCGAGCAAACCGGCGUACUAUGGAUUCAAUCAUUCGGACAUUGAAAUUGGCAACCUGGAUCAGGAUGGGGCCCAUAGCAUUAUUAUGACUCUCUUGUCCAUGGACGAUAAGGAAAAGACAGAAGCGCUUGCUGAUAUCUGCUUCAAAAGAACACACGGGAAUCCUUUCUUCCUCAUUGAGUUCAUGACGAUGCUUGUCGAUGAGAGUUUGAUUAAAUUCAACCUUGGGUCGUUUACAUGGUCUUGGGACGAAGCGGAAGUCGAAAGAGAGACGAUGUCCACCGAGAAUGUGGUCAACAUUGUCCAUUCAAGGAUGAAAAAGCUGUCCUACAGGGCCCAACAAGCACUGGAAUAUGCAGCUUGUCUGGGGUCUACAAUCAGAGUCCAAUGCCUGAAAAUUCUUAUUUCGCAAUUAGAAGCAGACCAUGAUGCCGAAACCUUGGCUGAUUUGUUACAGCGACUGGAGAAAGGUGGCUUCAUCGAACAAAUCGAGCCUACUCAGUACCGCUGGGUUCACGAGAACGUCCGCGAAUCGGCGCUGAUGCUUGGCAAUGCCGCCGAUCGAAUGUUUCAAUUUGAUGUUGGAAAUGCUCUCUUCCAUCACUUAGAAGAUUCUGAGCUCGAUGAAAUGUUAUUUGAAGUGUGCGACUUGGUCAACAUGGGACAACACGCAAGGAGAGUCGAAUACGCAAAAUUGAAUCUUCGGGCUGCUGAGAAGGCGAGAAGUAUUUCGGCAUUCCACAGUGCAAGUCUUUAUGUCACCAAGGGUAUCGCAUAUCUUCCAAAUGACAAAUGGACAGCGCAGCAUGAUCUAACAUUGCAGCUCUUCACGCUCGGGAUGGAGAUGGAACUGGCUACUGGAAAGGUCGAGGAAAUGGAGAAGUAUUCGAAGGAAAUUCUUGCACAACCAAACUGCACAGCUAUUGAAAAGCUCCCAGUCUACAUUGCCAAAAGCCACAAGAUGACACACAUGGACAUUGACCACAAAGGAUGCACGGGCUUGCUGCGCCGAAUACUACUCGAGACCUUCCAGAUUCGACUCUUCAGCACCAAAGCAGUACUGCCGUUCCAAGCGACCGCCAAACUAGUCAGCGUCGCUCGCACGGUAAAGAAAUUGCCAAGAGGGGCACUUGCCAAUCUCCAACCUGUGGACGAUUCCAAUCUCGAGGCUGCGAUGGAUCUGUUAGUUCGAUUGGCGAUUUCUUCCUACGCUGGCAAGAACAUGCUCCUUCACAUCAGUUGCAUUACCAAAAUGGUGCAAAUGACAUUGAAACAUGGUGUACACCCAAUGUCUGGCUACUCGUUCGUUGGUCUUGGAACCUGUCUCAUGAUUGUCAAUGGGGAUGUUGUGGAAGGCGCGACAAUUGCCAAUAUGGCGAACGAGCUUCAAGAGGUCGUCCCAGAUGACUACGCCGCGGCUAGCACAACUACCAUUAGCAAUUCGUUGGUACUUCCUUGGUCAUCGGCCCUGCAAAGCUGUAGAUCAGCAUUGAGGGAAGGUCACAUCAGCGGGAUGCGAUCCGGCAAUACGGAAUCUGCCAUGCUUUCGCUCAUGAUGCACAGUGUUGUCUUUCCACUCAUGAUGGGAAAGCCACUAGCACCCAUCGAAUCAAUUUGUGGAACGAUCGCCGCCCAGUGCGAGGAACUCAAGCUUGGCUUGUAUUCGGUUUCCGUUCGACAACACUGGGAACUGAUUCUAGAGCUGAUGGGUCAGCCUGAUAGUUCCGUCUUUUCCAAUAGUGAGGUUCUUCAGAAGGAGGGAUGGAAACCGGAGCAGUUGAUGACCGAGUACAUCGGAUUGCAUGUCUCGAUUUAUUCCGGGGACUAUGAGAGUGCAUCGACGAUUGCUCUGAACAUGGGCGAUGGAUUCCAAAAAGCCAAUCCUAGCAACGUGCAGAUCAUGUCGGAGACGUUUCUACGGGCCAUCGCAUUGUAUGCCACUGCAUCAUCAGGUAGUUCGAAAUCCAAGCGAACGGCAAAUAAACUGAAGCAAAAGAUGGGAAACUGGGUGUCCAAAGGGAAUCCCAAUAUUGGCCACUGUUAUCAUUUGCUGUGUGCUGAAAAGGCAAGGUUGGACGGAAAGUAUGAGAAAGCGAAUACCCUAUACAAUGACGCCAUUGUAUUGGCAGCACGUACUGGUCAUGUGCACCAUGCUGCUUUGUCAAACGAGAGGUAUGCAGAUUUUUUGCUUCGUUGCAUGAAGGAUAAAGAGGAGCAUGAUUAUCGUAUUCAAGAAGCAGUACGAUUCUACAAAGAUUGGGGUGCAGAACGAAGGGUUCAGCAACUCACCAAAGCAUGA